AUGCCUACUAGAUCAUUUUAUAACUUCUGUAAGGAGAAUCUUAAAACUGAAAGCUCUAAGGCUAAAUGUGAAUGUGGUCCGCAGGCUUGUAGGGGAGCCCCGCAUCGGGCCCCGCCGCGCAUCGCUGGCCCGGGGACACCUGCGCUCAGCCGGCCGCCCCGCCCCUCGGGGCUCCGCCACUGUCACCUACCCAGCCUAGGUGGCUGCCUUACACAGCCAGGGAGCAUAGACACCCGGGCGGCCGGCAGGGUCGUUUCUCCCCGGGGGAUCCCCGGAGGCGGGCGAGCCGGCCAGUCCAGCGUGUACGGCCCUGUAUCCGAGCGGCCGGUGGCAGCCAGCCUGGGCACGCAGUCGAAGAUGCUGAGCCGAUUUUCGGAAAUAGGAAAUGCUCUUUUGGGUGAACUGUCCAGCUAUAAUGCCGAACAGAACGUGAAAGCUCUCUUAGAAGCUAAAUUGAGGGUAACGCAAAAGAAACUUGAGGAUCCGGAAGAAAGCCUUGUUGGGCCGUGCUCAGACUGUCGACUUGCUGCAGCAGGAGCUGACUUAGGCCGAACAGAGAAACCAGAAUGUUAUACGGUUUCUGUUGCCCAGAUGAAGGCCCAGCUGAGAGAAAUGGAGGUUGUGAAAGAAGAGCUGGAAAUGGAAAUUAGUUCUACAACAAGUGAGCUGACCCAAAAAUCAGUAGUAUUUCUGUUACAAGAGCAGAUAUGUAAACAGGGUUUAGAAAUCCAGAAGUUAAAGGCAGCCUCCCAUGAAGCCGAGGCCCACGCGGAAAGCCUGCAGCAGGAAUUGGAAAGCACCCAGCUCAAACUUGCUGGCCUGGAACACUUGAAAGCCUUACAGCCUGAACUAGAUGAACUGCAAAAAGACAUGCAGCAGAAGGAAGAAGAGGUCAGCUACCUGUCUGGACAGCUUAGUGAGAGAGAACAGACCCUCCCCAAAGUCCAGGCAGAGAUGACGGAGCAGGAGCAUUUGAUCAGGGCCCUGCACACACAGCUGCAAAUGCAGGCUAAGGAGCAUGAGGACAGGCUAAAGCAGUUCCAGCUGGAACUUUGUGAGCUGAAACAGAAGACAGAAGAGGGCGAGGAAGAAGCUAAAGCAAAGCAGCAGAUACAGAGGAAACUGCAGGCGGCUCUCAUCUCCCGAAAGAAUCUGCAAGAGGAAUUGUCUUCGGCUAGACAUGCUAUGGCACACCUGACCAAGUCUCUCACAGAUGUGGAAAGCCAGGUUUCUGAUAAAAAUAAAGAGAGGGAUGAAUUCAAGGGAAAUUUAGCCCUUCUUCAGGGAGAAAGAGACAAACUCAUUGUAGGAAUGGACAAGUCUUUACUCGAAAACCAGAGCCCCGGUGGCUCUUGUGAAAGCCUGAAAUUAGCUCUGGAGGGGCUUAUGGAAGAAAAGGAAAAACUUAUGAAGGAGCUUGAAUCUCUGAGAUGCUCUAACAUUGCAGAGAGUGCCGAAUGGCAAGAGAAGCACAGGGAGCUGCAUAAGGAGUAUGAAGUUCUUCUGCAGUCCUACGAGAACGCAAGCAACAAAGUAGAGAGGAUCCAGCACGUGGUGGCAGGUGUGAGGCAAGAGAAGCAAGAACUGCAUGGGAAAUUAUGAAGCACAGAGACAGACAAAAGGGAGAUGGAAAAGCAGCUGCAGGAUGCCGAACAGGAAAUGGAAGAGAGGAAAGAAAAGAUGAGAAAGUUUGCUACAUCAAAACAACAGAAGAUCCUCGAGCUGGAGGAAGAAAAUGACCUGCUCAGAGUAGAGGCUCAGUCUCUAGGAGGAGCCAAGGAAAGCAUGGAUGCUCUUCUUUCUGUGAAUUCCAGCCUGAAGGAGGAACUAGAAAGGGUACAAUUAGAGUAUAAAACCCUUUCUAAGGAGUUUGAGGCUUUAAUGGCAGAGAAAAGCCUUCUGAGAGAAGAUCUGAAGCUUCAAGGGGAAGAGAGUGCACUGAAACAAGCUAGCCUAGAGACCACUGAGAAAUUCCAUCAACAAAAGGAUGUCAUCACUGAAGAAGAAACACAAGCUCUGGCGGGCAAAUCGCAAGAGCAAGAUACUCAGAGUGUGAGUGUUAAACUUGAAGAUUUGGACAGUCUUCUUUCAGCAAACAGCACUAAGCCUGGCACUAGUGAGACUUUGGGCUCCCACGAUGACAUCAGUGACCACCUCCAGCAGCUUGAACAACUCAAGGGAAGAAUUGCUGAGUUAGAGAUGGAGAAACAGAGUGACAGGGGGCUUAGCCAGACACUAGAAAAUGAGAAAAAUGCCCUCCUGAGUCAAAUCUCGGCAAAGGAUGGCGAACUAAAACUAUGUGAGGAAGAAGUCCCCAAAGUAAACACAUUAAACCAGCAAAUUCAAGAAGAACUUUCCCGAGUUACCAAGCGGAAAGAGAUGGCAGAAGAAGAAAAAGAUGACUUAGAGGAAAGGUUAAUGAACCAGCUGGCAGAAUUUAAUGGAAGCAUUGGGAAUUAUUACAAGGAUGUUACAGAUGCCCAAAUAAAAAACAAGCGACUAGAAUCUGAGUGUAGAACUGAAAAGUGCAUGAGUGACUUAGAAGAAGAAAAGCAGCAGUUGAUUAAGGAGAAAGCCAAGAUGGAGUCAGAAAUAUGGAAGGAGUGUUUAGAGAAGAUACAAGGUGCCCAGAAAGGACCUGGCAAUCAAAGCCAUGCAAAGGAGCUCCAGGAGCUGCUGAAAGAAAAACAGCUCGAGGUGAAGCAGCUGCAGAGGGACUGCAUUAGGUACCAGGAGAGGAUCAGCACUCUGGAGAAGACGGUUAAGGCCUUAGAGUUUGUUCAGACUGAAUCCCAAAAGGAUCUGGACGUGACCAAAGGAAAUCUGGUGCAAGCAGUUGAACAUCGUGAAAAGGCCCAAGGGGAACUAUCUAGCUUCAAGGUACUGCUCGAUGACCCGCAAAGCGAAGCCGCGAGAGUGCUAGCAGACAACCUCCGUCUGAAAAAGGAACUUCAGUCAAACAAAGAAGCCAUCAAGAGCCAGAUGAAACAGAAAGAUGAAGAUCUGGUACAAAGACUGGAGCAAGCGGAAGAAAAACACCUGGACGAGAAAAAGAACAUGCAAAAGAAACUGGAUGCUUUGCAUGGAGAAAAGGUCCGCAUGGAAGACACGCUUGCAGAGAUCCACGUCACCCUGUCCCAGAAAGACAAAGCAAUGAAACAGCUGCAGGAGAGCCUGGGCAGCACUGUGGCUCAGCUCGCAGCCUUUACUAAGAGCAUGUCAUCCCUCCACAUUCCGCAUCCCCAGAAACAUCAGUCUCCAUCACAAAACCUUAUUUAUGAGACAGAACUUCUCAGGGCUCAGCUUAAUAACAGCUUAAAAGAAAUUCACCAGAAGGAAUUAAGAAUUGAGCAGCUGAACAGCAAGUUCUCACAGCUGCUGGAGGAGAAGAACACCCUCUCCAUCCAGCUCAGCGACGCCAGCCAGAGUCCCCACAAGAGCCAGCACCACUCCAGUGACCUCUCCAAGCACUGCGCUAUCCUGGAGAAGCAGGUGCAGGAGCUGUAGGAGGGGCCACCAAAUGUAGAUAUUUCAGGCACAACCCAGGAAAUGCAUGGAAAGAGAAAGAGGGAUCCAGAGGCCACAGGGGAGCUACAGCCAAGAUUGUCUGAAGUCCAGCAGCAGCUCUGCAGCACUAACCAAGAAGUGACUGAGUUAAAGCAGCUGCUGAAAGAAGAGCGAGAGCAAAGACUGGCCAUUGAGAAAGCACUCUCCUUGGCGGAGGAGCAGAUCGGAAGGCUGGGGCAGAGUGAAUGGAAUCCGGCCCGGACUCCUACCAUUGGUGCCGGUGGCUCUCACGAGACAUCAGUGUGGAUAGACAUCCCGGGCAGCAGCUGCCGAAGGACCCGGAAUGGCGCUGGAUGGAAACGGGUUCUGCGUUCACUCUGCCAUUCCCGGUCCCGAGUGACACUGCUUGCAACUGUCUACUUCCUGAUGGUUCACGUCCUCCUCAUCCUGUGUUUCACAGGUCAUCUAUAA